AUGGUCAGUUACAGAUAUUACGGAAGUAGCUUUAGGGUGGUCCAUGCUCAUUAUAAAAGUGCCCGAGGGCUGGCAGGAUCGAGAAACGAACGAGGGAGCGAAGUCAGGAUCGGAUGCUCAACACCCCAAAGAGCUGGGGAUCCCAGAUCGGAAAUGCCGACGAGUCGCAGCGGGAUCAUACCUUCAAGCCAAGUCGUGAUACCGCUACGAGAGGUAGCACAGAUCAAUUGACCGUGCGACGGAAUCCGACUCAAUUAUCUGUACGAGCGCAAACCAGACACUCGUGGGCACAUAAUGUCAAUAAUAUAUUGCUGUUUCAUCCCACUGGUAUUCCCGAUUAUGAUUAG